AUGGCUGACGUUGACGUGUCAUCUAUAUACACUCUCACAAAUAGCUACACUGGAGUUUUACAAGUCCUCACUUCAUCGCUCAAUGACGAUCAGAUAAUGAUGACUGAGGCUGGGGGCGCCUCCAACAAACAAUGGGUCUUCUCUGUAACCUCUCUCGCAGACCAUUACCGAAUGCACACGGUACAAAAUGGCCAGGGCCAAUCACUCGAUGUCCUGAAUGACAACGGCGUCGAUAGCAUAAAACUACGUUUCACCAGUACGGCGGAUGUCUCCGGCCAGUUUUGGCGGUUUGACCUGUGGGACGACGGCACUUUGAGGCUGAGCAAUAACUUCACAGGUCCGGAUAUGCACUUGGACGUGUAUUCUGACACUUUUGAGCCGCACUUAGCUGAUGGAAGUGCGUCGGGUCAGCAUUGGACUCUGCAACGAUUAGGCUCAAUCUCUUCGACAACAGAAUCUGCACAGACAUCCAUGGUCUCAACUUCAUCGGCCGCGACUUCUGUUCUGACGAAGUCAACCGCCACCUCAGCUGCACCGGGUAUAUCGUCUCUUCCGCCAGGGUCAUCUUCGGUGUCCAAUGCCCCAUCCUCCACCGUGGCGGUUUCUUCCAGUACUCCCAGCGCCUCAGCUAACGCAGUUAAUUCUAGCCUGUCAAGCGGUGCCAUCGCUGGUAUUAGCGUCGGAGCUGUCGGUGUAGUUGCGCUAUGUGUCGCGUCAGUUCUGCUGAUCCUGCUCUUGCGAAAGCGAAGAAAACGACCUACAACACAGGCUGCUGACGUCCAAGACUCCUCACAGCCUAGACGCGGAGAACCAUAUCCAUCUCAAGGUCCAUUUGAAGCCCCGAAUGAGAAGACAGGGCCCGUGGCACAGGAAAUGCCCAGCCCACCAUAUGGAAGCGCGUCCAUUUACUAUCCAGCAGAAUUGGAUGGCAUUCAACACGGAUACCAAUCACGUGCAGAGCUGCAUGACUACCAAAGGUAA